CAAACCACCACCACCGCCGCCUCCGCUAUAUAAUAAUUGUAUAAUAUAUUAUUUUAAACGACGACGACACGAUAAUUUUCAUAAUACCUCUGUAUAACACACUGCUGUUAUUUUUUAUUUUUAUUUUUUUUUCUUCAUAAUACCGCCGUUUACCGCUUUUGCGAACGGCGCGCCCGCGCCAAUGUCUGUCUCUGGGCCGCGUGCAGUGGCCAUUAUCGCAAUGACCUCCGCCGCCGGUCGGACGGAACUCGUGAUGUUCUCGUGAGGUUUUUUUUGCGUUAAAUAAUACAAAUAUUAUUCUUGUAUUUUUUCAUUUGCAAAAAAAAAUUCCAUUUCGUUUUUGCCCGGCAAAAUAACAACUGCCCCCUCGUCGUCGACCGAUCGCGUCUGUACCGUUUACCACCGAUAUUACCACCUACACUCCUCGCUAGGUACCUCUACUGGGUGUGUUAUACUAUAUUUUAUAACGAGAAAAAAACCAACAUAUCAAAAAAACCAUGGCCGUCAACGGAUGCGGUGGCGAAGGGAUUCGUGUUGCUGCGGGCAAGGCCAACAAAGUGACGGUGGUUUUGGGCGCUCAAUGGGGCGACGAAGGCAAAGGAAAGGUGGUCGACAUGCUCGCUACGAACGCGGAUCUCGUGUGCCGCUGUCAGGGUGGAAACAAUGCGGGUCAUACAGUUGUGGUGGACAACAAGGAAUUUGAUUUUCACUUAUUACCCAGUGGCAUAAUCAACCCUAAUUGCAAAUCUAUUAUUGGUAAUGGCGUAGUAAUUCACCUUCCCGGAUUAUUCGAAGAAUGCAUAAAAAACGAAAAGAAAGGACUAGUGGACUGGAAGAAGAGACUGUUGAUCUCGGAUCGUGCUCAUCUAGUAUUCGAUUUUCAUCAGCAAGUGGACGGACUCCAAGAAAUGGAAAAGGGUAAAAAGUCUUUGGGAACAACGAAGAAAGGUAUCGGACCAACUUACGCUUCUAAAGCUACCAGAAAUGGUCUUAGAUUGGCUGAUUUGCUUGGCGAUUUUAAUACGUUUAAAGAAAAGUUUUACAAUUUGGUCGAGAUACAUCAAAGGAUGUUCCCGAGCUUAGUAGUGCAUCCCGAAGAAGAAUUGAAGAAAUACGAGUACUACGCCAACGAAUUACGACCGUUGGUAGUCGAGACGGUCGGUUAUUUGCAUACGGCUUUGAAAGACGGAAAACGCAUAUUAGUAGAAGGUGCCAACGCGGCUAUGUUGGAUAUCGAUUUCGGUACUUACCCGUAUGUAACGUCAUCAAAUUGUAGCAUAGGAGGUGUUUGUACAGGACUUGGUUUGCCGCCGUCGGCGAUCGGCGACGUUAUCGGAGUAGUUAAAGCGUACACAACCAGAGUUGGUGACGGUCCGUUUCCAACCGAAUUGACAGACGAAAUUGGCGAAAAACUUCAGACGAUUGGCCACGAAAUCGGUGUUACGACCAAACGUAAAAGGCGUUGCGGAUGGUUGGAUAUUCCACUACUGAGAUAUACUUCGAUGGUCAACGGAUAUACUAAAAUAUGUUUGACUAAGCUCGAUAUAUUGGACGAAUUUGACGAAGUGAAUAUUGGAAUCGAAUACGUGUUGAACGGAAAGAAGCUCAACUAUUAUCCGUCCAGUUUGACCGAACUGUCAGCUAUCAAAGUUAAUUACUUGACUUUGCCCGGUUGGAAAGCCAAUAUUGGUGGUAUAAGAUGCUUUAACGACUUACCCGAAAACGCCAAACAGUUUGUUUUCACGAUCACAAAACUCCUCGAAGUCCCAGUUAAAUGGGUCGGAGUCGGUCAAGGCAGAGAAUCGAUGAUAAAUGUUGACUAAUAUUUAGUUUAUAUUAUUUUUUUUUUUAUUACUCACUCAAAAGUGUAUUCAUUGGAUUGUUAUUAAUUAUUAUUUUACUUUCAAAGCACAAACUUCAUUUUUUGUAAGUACGCGGUGUAGACUACAGAACGGGUUUAUUUUCAUUAUUACACGUUCAAUUUGUAUCGGCGACGUAAACACGUUUAUCGACAUUGUGCCAAUGUUGAUUAAAACUUUUUUUUUAUUCAUAAGAAACAAUACAAGCACACAUUUGUACUGUCGCGAGCAUUUGCUGUAAAAACUAUAUUUAUUGUAAAAUGUCUUGAACAUUAAAUAUAUUAUUACCUAUAUAAUAUAUAUACAUAAAGAAAAAAAACAGAAAUCAUGUGCUUACCUUAUAUGGCAUUCGUAAAGUUUGUGGACUCGGAGUUUGUUUUCGAUCACUUCCAAAAUAUAUUGUUUCGUUAUGUUAAAUUUUACUUGUACAAACUGAUUGUUUGUGUUGUCACUCGAUAGCGGCUUUACUCGAUUUUACAGCUAUUCAUCGAUCAAGUAUAAUAAAAAUAUUUAGCCGACUGUUUGCUCGGCAUUUUAUUUUACGUUACGGUGACGCUGUUUGAAUACAUUUUUAAAAUUUCAUUAUGAAAAAUAAUUAAAAAUGAAAUUAAAUAUUAUGUAUUUACUCUGA